CAACUUUCCAACUGUUGCGAUCAGAACAACAUGGUAACACCCUCGUAAUGUCGUCUUCUUCUUACGAUUUGCCUCCAACUUAUAACAGUGACAGGAAUUUCUCAGGGACUAAUAAUUCUGCUCCUCCAGGGACCUAUACAUCAGCAGAUCAGAUGGAGCAAAACACAGCAAAUGGACAGUCAAAUCACGAAAGUCCAACAAGUCCUCGACAUCUAAGUUUUAUUGAACCAAAUAGUAAACAGGAUGAAAGGAAAAAGAUUUUAACCAUGCGAUAUGGAAAAGAUCAAAUGAACUUAAUUAAAAAGAGGUUGCGAGUAGAGUUUUGGAUGCAUGAAGAACUAGAAAAAUUAUUUGGAUGCAAGGGUCAUGAGACGUAUGAUGCAGACGUUGACUUAGAUGACAUUCUAGAUCUGGAAACUGACCAGGAGAGAUACCAGUAUUUAACUAAAGAAAUAAUAAAUACACCUAAAUCCAGUCCACAAGAUAUACAUAACUUCAUAACAGAGCUGCUGAAGAAAGUGAACACCCUGUAAUACAAAUAUGCUGCUGUAGAACUCUAGUGUGGAUUCCUUAAUGAUCUGUACAUUAACUUGAACACUUGUGCAUUGCUCUAUGUACAUAUAGCAGAAAAAGUGUGCAUUGCCCUCAAUGAUCUG